AUGGAAGUCGUUGGCUGUGUAAGCGCCGUGGUUGCAUUGCUGAGAAGCGAAAUCGCAGAACGAGUCACAAAGAUCCAGUCACAUUGGGUGCAGACGAAAGUGCAGCUCGACUUCGCCGAGCGAGCCUGGACUGGUCUUUCCGAGGAACACCAGGAAACGCAACUCAAUGUUCUGGAAUUACUGCACGGCAAAGUGAAGUCUGCCAAUCUCCGCGUCCAUGGUCUUAUCAAGAAGUCUGAUAGGGCCACAGGCACGCCGAAAGAACAGACAAGAAUCAAACGCUCGAAGUACCUCUUCGUCAAGCCGUUUCUGGACUCUGUUAUCAAGGACCUCACACAAUGGCAAGAGUUAUACAAUCCAACAUGGUUCUUGAUCAUGAAAAUAGCGAACCCGAUCAUUGACACUGAGCUACAGAGGAAGGACUUGUCUGUCUCUGCAGAAGUCAACACUAGAUACUCCUACGUCGGCAUCAUGACGCAGGACAUCCGUCGCCUUGCCAGCAAACUAAAAGUGGUCGACCCGGCUACUUUUGCAGUGCUCAGAUGUCGGGGUGUCGUCAAGUCACGCCACCAGGGCAGCGAUCGGAUUACCUCUUUCGAAAUAGUCUUCGAAACACCUUCGAACCACAAGCCACGGACUCUGCGCCAACAUCUCCUCAUACAGCAGCCUCACUCCCUGACGGACCGCAUCCAUCUCGCAAAGCGACUCGCCGUGGCAGUGAACUACGUCCAUACCCUCGGCUUUGUACACAAAAAUCUCCGCCCUGAUAAUGUCAUUUCCUUCCCGGACCCGAGCUCGUCUCGGCUCCCCACCUUCUACCUCAUUGGCUUCGAGAACAUGCGUAGCGAAGACGGAUACUCCCACUUCUAUGGGUCCGAGGACUGGUCGCAGAACAUCUACCGCCACCCCCAGCGCCAGGGCAUUCAUCCCGAGGAGCGAUACAACAUGCGGCAUGAUAUCUACAGUCUUGGAGUCUGCUUGCUAGAGAUUGGACUUUGGAGUUCUUUCGUAUCGUAUGGGGAACAAGAAGUUGUUGUCGGUCCAGGAGAAGCGCUCGAUCUCAGUAAAGUGGAGCUGCAGCGCUGCCUUCCGGACGACAUCAAGUGGCACCUGGUCGGGCUGGCGAAGGACAAACUACGGUCUGUGCUGGGCGACAUGUACACGGAGGUGGUGGUGAGCUGUCUCACUUGCUUGGACGGCGACAGUGAUGACUAUGGAGAACUUGUCGACGAGGAGGAUGCGGACGGUGUUGGAGUCGGAGUGAGGUUCAUUCAGAAGGUCCUGCUGAAGCUGAAUGAGAUAUCGGUCUGA